CAGACAGAUGUCUCUGCUGACAGAUGAUCGGCCUGAGGACGCCGUGAGCCCCACAGAAAGCACCAGGAUGGAGGACAGUGGGGGGAUGAAGACGAAACAGACGGAGGAAGAGGAUGUGGCGGUGAAGUCAGCCCUGAUGGAGCCCAGCACCUUGCAGUGGCCCGGAGACAGACAGACAGGUGGACAGACAGGGGGACAGACAGGGGGACAGACAGGUGGAGGUAAAGGCGACAGGAUGAGUAUGAAGUCAGACAGUUCUGUACGAGAGGCGGCGAGUUGGACGGAAAGCGAGAGGGAGCUGAUGGCGGAGAGGAAGAGGAGGCGGGGUGAGGAAGGGGCGGGGCUUAUGGAGGAAGAGGCGGGGUCAACAACGCACCUGGAAGAGGAGCCCAUAGAGAACCACCUGCCGGAGAAAGCGGCUCAGGUGUUCAGUCCUGCAGUGACCGUCCUCCACGGCCCCUCCUCACCCAGAGAGAGCGAGGCAUUCUGGGACACGGAGCCGGAGAAGAGUCCCUACCUGGACUCCCGAGGAGUCCAACAGGACUACAACCAACAUGGCUACCUGUACGAGUGGCCCGAGGAACCGCCCCCAACCACAUGUGGGCGGGGCUGUCCCCACAGAGACAUCCUGAAGAUAGCCGUGUCCCUGAUGACGUCAGCGCUCUUCUUCCCCCUCCUGGUGUGGGGGGGGUUUGUCUUCCUGCCGUUUGACGCCCCUCUGCUGGACGGCGCUCCCCUCAGACUCGUCUAUACGCUGCGCUGCUCCGUGUUCGCCGCCAUCCCCAUCGUCCUCGGUUGGUUGGUUCUGGGCGUCAGUCGGCUCAGGUCAGGUGCGAUUCGCCCGCUGGACCAGGUGAACGAGGCGGAGCUUCAUGAGGUCGCCGUCCAUCAGCGCUUCGUCUCAGACUCCGUCUCCCUGUUCCUGAUCUACUUCCUGCAGCUGGUCGUCAUGGCGAUGUACCUGAGCCAAGAGCACCUGAAGCUCAUCCCUCUGCUGACGGUCGUCUUCGCCUUCGGACGGCUGAUUUACUGGGUGGCCGCAGCGUUCAGCAGCAGCAUUCGUGGUUUCGGUUUCGGUCUCUCCUUCCUGCCGAGCGUCGCCAUGAUGGUCGCCAACAUCUACUUCAUCUUCACCGUGGAGUCGUCGGGGUCCGUCUUCAGCCUCCCGCCUCCUCCCGAGGAGGCGAUGACCCCGCCGGCCGGCAGACAAAGGUUCUGGGGAUGAACGGAAAUCAAAAACGGCUCAAAUGUUUAUGACCACUUUAUUUUUUAUAAACUUUUUUUUUUAUGAAGUGAAAAAGAGAAAUAAGAAUUAAAAGAUUUAUGUUUAUAAAAUGUUUUAAGACGUUCAUUGUACAACCUCACUUACGACAUCUGACGUUUCAUUAAUAUUUUAACAGUUUCAGUUUUUCAGUUGUUUUUUUUUGUCUGUUUGAGACAGUUUGUAGAAAUAUUUUGUUGUCAAACUACUUCCUGUUUACUUCCUGUUCAGCCUGUUUCUGUUGGUCCAUUUUUCAACAUUUUAUUUUGUAAAAUCAGUUUAAUGAUCAUUAAAUAUUUGAUCUCAGUAUAAAAAA